UAUGUAAGUAUGGGUGUAUAAAUGUACAGUUAGAUCCAUUUGCUGUAUAUUAUACUGUAUACUAUUCGUUAUACGGUUAAUUUUUGGCCGUGGAGUGGUGUCUAAUAGUACUAGACAUUUCACUUCACAUUUCUGUUUCCAGAAGUUUCUAUAAAAUCUUUUAGGCGAAAUCUCUCACGAAAAUUUUCUUCGUUUCAUCCAUUUCAAGUGUUUGUGUUAUUCUAUUUUCAAUUAUUGAUCGUAAUUUUUUUUACAAAUAGUAUCCAUUUAACUGUUUUUCAAAAUGGCCUUUUUCGGAUCAUUGAUGGGUGAUCUCAACGAUGAUCCUGUUUUUGGGUCUCAUAUGCAAUCUAUGAGGAACAUAAAUGACGUGAUGGCAUCUUUGCUUCAUGAUCCAUUUGGUAUGCUAAGUAAUCCUGGCCACCACCUUACUGCAAAUGGCACCCAUAGGAGCGUGGGUCAUCAGAAUAAUCUUCAGAUAUUACCAUUUGGAUUUCCACCAAUGCCAUCAUUUAAUAUAGGCAAUGUGUUUUCAGACUUUGAUAAUAUGGCGCAGAGUGGAAAUUGUCAUUCAUUUACCUCGAAAUCUGUAAUGACAUUUGCUGGUAAUGGUCAACCGCAGGUGUAUCAAGCAACUAUGUCCACAAGAACUGCUCCUGGUGGUGUGAAAGAAACAAAAACAACAGUCUGUGAUUCUCGUACUGGAACAAAAAAGAUGGCUAUUGAACAUCAUAUUGGAGAUAGAGCACAUAUCUUAGAGAGAGAACAUAAUCUACACAGUGGUGAACAAGAAGAACGUCAAGAAUUUAUUAAUCUUGAUGAAGAAGAAGCAGAGAGUUUUAAUAAUGAAUGGGAGUCACGUGUCCGUCGUUACCAUGGUGGUAAUUCUCAUUAUAGUAGCCAUGGUCAUCAAAAUCGAUCUGAUCAUAGGCAGUUGGCUUUACCUGAUGCAUCAGGAAGUCAAUAUUCUAAUUCCACAAGAUGGGCACCUUCUUCUAGAUGUAGUCUAAGACCACCACCUUCAUUUAGAACAUACAACCCCAUUUCCAAUUUAAGGUGUAUCAAAGGUCUAUAAUUCCAUAUACAGGGUGGUUGGUAACUGGUGGUACAAGCGGAAAGGGGGUGAUUCUACGCGAUAAAAGAAGUCGAAAAUAUAUAUUGGAGAAGAAUCAGAAAUAGGGUUGUGGGCGUUUGAUAAAUCUUCAUUGGGCUUAGCUAUCGUCAGGGUACAACCAAGGUACGGGUUAUUAACACGAGUAUGGAUACUACAGACUUGACAAUCAAUCGCAGCGAUUAGGAACUCGCGACACUAGUGAUAGUGGUCUUAGGUUCGAUAACGAAUCCUCGGUCAAUGGGAUGAUAGAUAUCCUUGCUCACAAAAUCUAACUCAAACGUGUAAUACUCGCAGAUCGUACGACGCUACUCUCUUCGUCGAUGAGAUCACAAGAAAGAAUGAAUUUUCGUCCCAAUGAUGCCACAGAGGAAAACUAUGAUGGGGUGUGUCCAAAGACACAAGAUCAUCGGAUUCGUCGAGUAUAACCCUCGUUCCGAAAGUAAGGGAAAUUGACGUCGCUGUCAAUUGGUCAAUUUGAGAUAAAGACUGCCUGUCCGUUUGAAGAACCUUAAUUACCAAAAAAACCCAGGUUUCAUAGCGGGUCCUCAGGCUAACUGAACUUGUACUGUGUAAGUGCCUCAAUAUCUGGUAUUCAUUGUCCGAAGGAACCGUUGGAAUGUUUUACUGUCAGGUACCUCUAUGGGUAUUUCUUUUAACGAGGGUCAUACUAUCACUCCACACCUUUGUUAGACGAAGCGCCUGUCCCGUUGACCGCGGCUACGUUCGGCGACUAAUGAUCGCCUUAAGCCCAAGUUUAUUAUCACAAAUCGCAAACAAAUGCAGUUGGACAGAAUGACGGCAAAUUGUUUAAUUACAACUGUAAACUUUAAUUACAAUUUUACGGAUUUUCCCGAAGUUCCAGAGGGAAAGCUCCGGUGUCCUUUCAUCUCUGACAUAUAGAAUAAAAAUUUUUCGUUUGAGGUUUUGUUUUCGAGAAAAUCGAAUCACCCCCUUUCCGCUUGUACCACCAGUUACCAACCACCCUGUAUAUUCAAAUACACAAGUAAUUAAGUAAUGUAUGUAUUAAUAUUAUUAUGGUACAUAAACAAUUGGUUUUAUGCUCAUACCUUAAAGCUAGUGUCCAUUUAUUUAGAAUAAAUGUCUAUGUAUU